AUGGAUUCCAAUCCCGCUCUACUCCGCGAAGUUCGUCUUUACGAAAAUCACAGCGAAAGAGAACAGAUGGAGAAUAUGAGCGAAUUAUUCGCCGUACUCAAUGCACUUGAGUGCUUGGAGAAGAUGUAUAGCAGGGAUUAUAUUUCAAAUGAAGAUUAUAAAGUGGAGUGCUUCAAGUUGCUCGAUCAAUACAAGGUGACAAUGCGCUUAGUUCACGGUACAAAUGUCGAAGGUUUCGCUUCCAAAUAUCGUUUACACUGUCCUGCCGCAUUGGAACGGAUUCACGAGGGGCGCCCAAUCACUGUCAAAGAUGACAAAGGAAAUGUUUUCAAGAAUAUCGCCGUUAUCGUUGAGGUCUUCAUCACAUUCUUUGAUCAACUUAAGCUGAAUGUACGUGCAGUAGAUGAACUCUUCCCAAAUUUAAAUGAGCUCUAUACGUCGAUAAAUGCGAUGAGUACCUUACCAGAAGAUUUUGAUGGACGUGCAAAAGUGAAAGCUUGGCAUGAUCGCCUUUCUACUAUGUCAGCUUCUGAAGAAAUCACUGAUGAAGAAGCUCGUCAAAUGAUUUUCGAGCUUGAAGCUGCUUACUCAUCUUUUAUUAAAUUUCUACAUACUCAACAACAUUAA